AGUGGAAAAAAACCCAAAAUGGCAUCGGGGACGGUAAUGAACAGCACUCCUUCAGGAGGAUCAAAUGAUGUGAGUCUGGAGGAACCAAAGAAGAUGACAAGGGAAGACUGGAGGAAAAAGAAGGAAUUAGAAGAACAAAGAAAACUAGGAAAUGCACCUGCUGAAGUGGAUGAAGAAGGAAAAGAUAUCAAUCCUCAUAUUCCUCAGUACAUAUCCUCAGUACCAUGGUACAUAGAUCCUUCUAAAAGACCUACGCUAAAGCAUCAGAGACCUCAGCCAGAGAAGCAGAAACAGUAUAGCUCCUCUGGAGAUUGGUACAAACGAGGAGUUCAAGAGCAUGUGGUAGCAACUAGAUAUCGUAAAGGAGCUUGCGAGAACUGCGGUGCAUUGACACACAAAAAGAAAGACUGCAUGGAGAGACCAAGGAAAGUUGGAGCAAAAUACACAGGCAUGAAUAUUGCACCAGAUGAACAUGUGCAGCCUCAGCUGAUGUUUGAUUAUGAUGGAAAGCGAGAUCGUUGGAAUGGUUAUAACCCAGAAGAGCACAUGAAGAUUGUAGAGGAAUAUUCCAAGGUUGAUUUGGCCAAACGUACGCUGAAAGCCCAGAAGCUUCAGGAAGAGUUAGCAUCAGGAAAGCUGGAGCAAGUGAACUCCCCAAGACACCAGUGGGGGGAAGAGGAACCAAAUUCACAGACAGAAAGAGAUCAUAACAGUGAAGAUGAAGAUGAAGAUAAAUAUGCAGAUGACAUUGAUAUGCCUGGGCAGAAUUUUGACUCUAAAAGACGUAUCACAGUUCGAAAUUUACGUAUUCGGGAAGAUAUUGCAAAAUACUUGAGGAAUCUAGAUCCAAACUCUGCUUAUUAUGAUCCCAAAACAAGAGCAAUGAGGGAGAACCCAUAUGCCAAUACAGGCAAGAAUCCAGAUGAGUAA